AUGGCCCAGCAGCAACGCUACCAGGUCUUCCACGAGCCCGCCGGCGCAUCACAAACGCGCUGGGUCCACGACAGCGCUGCCGGAGAUGAGCCAUCCCUGGCCGCGGCGCGCGCGGCGGCGGACCGCGCGCGUCAGGGCGGCGGCGCGUGCACGCUGCUCGAGGACGGCCGCGUCGCGCAGACGUGGAACGACCCGCUCAAGCCGGCGCCGCCGCAGCCCGCGGGCUGGCUCGUCAACGCCGGGAGCUACCGCAAGGACGCGCGCCACGAGCUCCACGCGCAAGCGCGGGUUUUGGGAAGGCGGUCCCAGAGCGACGCGAGCGACAAGCUCGACCUCGACAUCGCUUCCAGUGAAACGGGCGUGUCGCGGCGCCAGUGCUCCGUGCAAAUUGUUGAUGGCGCGUGUCGCGCCGCGGGGCUCUCGGCGGCGCAGGCGUCGGGCAUCCUGCGAAGGGACGGCGCGCGCGACAUCCUGCGGGCCAGCGAGACGAAGGAAUUAUGUGAGGGCGACAUAUUGAUACUGGACCCGCUCAACGCACCCUACCGCCCGGGCGCGCCGCUGUCGCCGGUCCUGCCGGCGGCCGUGCGCUUCGCGUAUAGAGUUGUCGUCGCGCCGGCGCCGGCGGCGCCGCCACAAAGCUUCUUCGGGAAGGUGGCCGCGACGGUGCGGUCGUGGACGGGCCGCGGCGCGGCCGCGCCCGAAGCGACGCCGUCGAUCAAGGAGAUGAAGGCAGCUAUAAUAAAAGCGGGCCUGUCCGUGGCGGACCUCGUGGAGAAGGCGGACGUCGUCGAGCGCUACCGCGAGGCGCUUUCCAAGGAGCUCCCGGAGGCGCCGAAGGAGGCGUCGCCGGCGCCGGCGCCCGCGUCCACUACGAAACCGAAGCGCAAGCGCCGCACGAUCGCCGAGAGCGACGACGAGGACGAACCGGCACCGAUGGACACGACGGACGAGGCGCCGCGUUUUGAGGUAGGCGACACCGUCGAGGUCGCCGCGCGCACGUUCCCGGGCAUCAACAAGGCCGGCGGGCCGGGCACGAUCACGAAGAUAAACGACGAACGGAGUAUCGAUGGAGGCCCCAUGCGCGACGGGUCGGAGAAGAGGACCACGGGUUUUACGUAUGCCGUCAAGUAUACGAUGGGAGGCUCUGAGAAGCGCGUCGACGCGCAGUGGAUCACAAAAAGUAAAAAUGAGGAGGAGGAGGACGCGGACGCCUUCGCCGUGGGCGACCGCGUCGAGGCGCGCUGGGGCAAGGGCACGACGUGGUACCCCGGGGCCGUCACGAAAGUGCGCCCCCCGAAGACGCGCGGCCGCUCGUCCACCUUCGACGUGCUCUAUGAUGAUGGAGAGACUGAAGAAAACGUGCAGCCCGAGGACAUGCGUCAACCGCGGAGCUCGACGCUGAGGAGGCCGUCGCCCAAACGCGUGAAGACGCCCGCCGCCGCGAAGAAGCGCCCCGUGACGACGACGGAGGACCGAGUACCGCGCGACACGCGGAAGCGGUGGCCCGCGAAAGUCGCGAACAUCGUCGACGACCUCGUCGUCGACGGCGCGGACCUGCCGCGCGUCCUGGACUUAUUUCGGGACCGGUGCGUGGUCCGGGGCGAGGUGCCGUUGGAUCGCACUCUCAAAGGUUUGUUGCGGGCCCUCUCCAAAACGGCGGACCCGCGCGCCGCGGACUUGCUGCGGGCGUGCCUCGCCCUUUCUGUUGAAGAGGAUCUAGAUGAUGCGUCGUUAGAUGAAGACGCUUUGCUAGAGAGGCUGGAGAACGAGCUGGGCUUCGACGCCGGGGACCGGCGCGACGCGCUGCUGGACAGGCUCGCCCAUUCCGACGCGGCCGCGGCGGAGGCCUUGGGUGCGGCGCCGAACGCCGCGGGCGCGGGCCGGCGGACGGCCGCUUUGGCUGGUGGGGCGGGCGUCGCGGCACCAAAAGGCGACGGGCCGCUGGACGUGCUCGUGCGGGGGAUCCUGUCGGCGGCUUAGUAAUACC